AUGAGUAGUGGCGUGACUGGCGGCAAGAAGCAGCUGAAUAGAAACCAGCUGUUCAAGAGACAGAAGAUCAGAAAUGCGCGGACUAUAAGGGCAGAAGCAGUUCGUUUUGACGUUAAGCAGAACGUUGCGGGAUCCAAUGCGGGCAGACUGGAGGGCGGCAACAAUUUGUCGGAAUCCGGUGGAAUUCUCAAAGUGGCGGAAUUCGUUUCUUCUCGUGAAUUCGAACUGAAGGAAUUGCAAUUGGCAAUGCGGACUUCGAAGAGUGCCAAUUCCACGAGAGUAUUCCAGUCUCUGCCGCGCAAACUUCGUCGCAGGACCGCCUCGCACAAUGUCAAGCGCAUACCGAAGAGAAUGCGCAAUCGAGCAAUGCGUGAAAUGGCCAAGAAUGAUCAGAGAGUUGUAUCACCUGGAUCGAAGAGUAAUGGCUCCGUCUUCAAGAAAACAAAGAGAAACCAUGGCCUGUCAGCAAGAGCACUUUACAGAGCAAAAAUGUCAGUUAAACUGUUGAGGUUAGCCAGCAAGUCAGCUUCGAUGAAACUUGCAUUACCAGAUGGGGUAUUGUCGCGAAAUAUAAAUCUGAGAUCAAAGAUCAAAUUUCUCAAUUCGCAAAUAGGAGCAAAGAGAAGGAACAAUCCUGAUGUUCUGAGUAGAAAUAAUGCGAUGGGGAGCUAUGAUAAUUGUGCGUUGAACGAACUUGCACUACCACCAAGAAACCGCAUAAAAUUUUUAAAAAGGCAACGGUUCUUUGCGUGGAUCCCCUCGCAUAUAUGGAAUGCGAAGAGGUCGCACAUGAUCAAACGAUGGGGCUACCAAAUACCUUGGUCACCGACUCAAAAAUGCUUUAGAUUGACCCAUCGUCUGGGAGGAAAUGUUGCUUCUUCAGAUGGGGCAUUAGCGUUGGACACAAGCUUUUACGGUACCAUGAUCGUAAAAGACUCCUUGAAGAAAGACGAAAACGGAAGUAAUCUAAAGGAAAUAAUAUCCACACUUUCCGGGAGUCGAUCCGUUACAAAGAAAUUCAGGGAUUCGAAAAAUUGGUUUGAGGGAUACGUUUACGAUAUAGAAAAUGACUGCUCGACAAUACUCGGUCCUGUAGAUUUAUUAUGGAUAGACGUGCAUACUGUAAUGAUAAGAUUGCACCCAGCAAUAUAUCCAACAGUUUUCUUCGCCAUACUUAGAAAGUAUGGCGAUAGAAUCUCGUUAAGUGAUUGUCGGUACUCACUCGGAAGCAUCACUGUUAAAGGAGCCAAAUCUUUAAAUGCGCUUGCUUCAAUUAUGAGGACUCAUAGUAAAAGCGAAUCCUUCUCUCAGUUGAAAAUGGCUUCUACAAUCGCUGAUACCUCUGUUUUACCACUGAAGGCUAUGUUUGCCUUCGAAUGCAUUGAUCCACGCCAUUUAUCAGCCCCAAGGCCACUGAAUACAUCUUCUUCAGAUACUCCCACAGUCGAUGAUAUCAUCAACUUGCAGAACAAUUUUCCUUCUAAAGAGAUAAGCAGUAUUGUUCACAAAUUGACCAAUUCAAAGGAAAGAGAAAAUUCGUAUUUUAAUCAGUCGACUUUGAAACAGCUUGCUACUAGACGACAAAGGCUUAUGUCAACUGAUCCAGUCAAUCAAACUAAAAAUAUGAUCCCCUACAAUAGCAAAACAGAUCCCUCAAUUCCACUUUUCAUUGUAAAGAGACAAAAAAGUGACGACUGGGUGGUAAUAUUGCCAUGGUUCUGGGUAUUGCCCUUUUGGUAUCAGUUGAAUAGAGUUACAAGGGUAUACCAUAUGGGGUUGAGACAGAUGCAACAACUUAGUUACGAGAAUAAUAAAUUAUUUUUUCCUGAUGAUUUUCCCUUCACGCUUGUGGGACAAAAGGAAAACUCGAUUUACAAAAGAGAUACCAAAAAACUGAAAUGGGAUAAAAAAGCACCAGGAAAACGGGUUUCAUUCGAUAAGAUUUUGGAUAUUCACAAAGAUGUUCUUCCAUCCUUUCAAGGCGAAAUUGGUGAUUACUUUAGCUGUGAUUGGAAAUUAUUACAAAUUUUGAGGAAUGGUUUAAAAUACCUAACAAGGGAUGGAAAAACUCUAGGACAUUGCAAUGAAAAUAAGACCACACAGUUCGACAGCUAUGGAGCAAGAGAUAUCCAGGUUUUGAACGACCUUUUCGAGUAUUACAAAGAUAUCGUCAACAAAGAUACGUAUGAUAUCACUCAGGACUUUUCAUUACCAAUUGAAUUGACUGUGAAUACAAGGGCAGAACCAAGGGAAAUCGACUGGGAGAAAUCAGCGCAGUCUUCAAUAAAUGAAACUCCUCUACAGGUGACUGCCAUAUCAUGCACGUGUGUUGGAAAAGGCCAUCCAACAGACAACUCUCGUAUUUAUCAGAUUCCACUGGAAGAUGCUGAUUAUUGGAAAAAAGUUAGCGCAGGACUCUAUCGUUCUGAUGGCAGAAAAGAUAAUGAGACAAAACAUCCACUGCCCAACAUUCACGAUCUUGUUGGUUUCAUUACAACCGGCGCUUACCAUCUCGCCGAAGGCAAAGGUGUUGCGCAGGGAUUUAUAGAUGCAGAAGUUGCGCGAAAACGCACAAGCAGACACUUACUGAUACGCAAUGUGGGUACCAAUACUUAUAGACUCGUGGAAUGGAAUUUCAUUCCAAUGUAA